CUAUGGCUUCGCAUGCGCGGACCCUGCGGCGGCGGACGCGCGGCGCGCGCAGAUCCUGCAAUGGGAGCACCUACUCGACGACGACGACAGCGGCCGUGGUGGCGGCGCCACGCUGCCCGACGACCACCUGACCGCGCCUCUACUGGCCGUGCUCGCGCUCAUCGAGGCAGAGGGCGUGCUAAACACGCAGUUGCACCUGCUGACGCUCAAACGCCGCGCUCGCGCUCGGGGACCGGGACCAGCUCGCGGAGUAUGCCGCGCGCUCCGUGCGCGCGGGCGCGACGACAGUGUAUGUGGCCCCGCGAAGGACGGAGAAGAUGGCCAGGGACUUUUCGAGCCCCGGUCGGUAUCCGUUCUGGAACACGCGCGUGAAGUACCGCGAGCCCAGCCCAGCGCAAGGCUGACGCGCCCGGCACGACGUCGGUGUGCGACGGGGUGGGCGUAUAGGGUGGCUGUAUGGCACGCCGGCUACGACGGAAAAAGCUGAGUGGGACGUCUCGGAUGUAUUUCCUUCUAUUGUAAUACCGUGCAUCUCCUCGACGCACGCAAGGGUCGCGCAUCGUCGCGAUGUCCGAUGGCAAAUCCUCGCCUCGAGCCAUUUGGUGAGAAUGAAAGCUGCAUGGAAAACAUAAGGUUCAAGGCGGAGUACCAGGCGAAGUGAAAGGAAGGAUCAUGGAAGCACGAGGAACCGCUGGCGCAGGGGCAUAUGGAUCGGCGAGCUUGGAUGACGAACUCUCAUACGAGCGCUCGCCAACAAUGGCAGCUGGGCCAUGGAGCCACGCCUCAGAACAACACUUCUAGUCGAAAAAGCUGUAUUUGGCCAUUGCACGGGUACAUAUCAUAGGCCUGUCAGCGGCCAGUGCAUAAGCACACGAGACGAUGCACAAUGGAUAGCCAACCGUCGCCAGCAUCUUACGUUCUUCGAGCCACAUUGUGGCAGUAGCCGAGUGCUAUAUAGCCUGCUUCACUGCACAUCACCUCACGGACUCCCCAUCAUUCCACUUAUGGACGGCGUCAAUAGGUCAACUCUGGAUACUCGCCAACCUUGACAAGCACCAGAAGGCCAGCUUGGGCAGACACGAAGAAUUCUUCGGUGCAGCUCUCGUGUUUCUCGACAACUUUCUUUGUUACCGCCCGGUCUACCUCGCUGACCUUGAAGAUGUGCAACUUCCUGAACUUGGCGGACAGGCCCCGAGUGCCACUGUCUGUGCCACCGAAUCGCCUUCCGGCACAUCCCAGAACAAGCGUAAGUCAUCCGAUGGCUCUCUUCCAGACCGCGAUGACGGAGGAUCCCAUCCAUCGAAGCGUGCAAAGCAAACCAGCAUUGCUGCUAAACUCGCGCUCUUGUCCUACUCAACCACGGCGCCUCUCAGCACGCCGUACCUAUCCCUCUAUGGCAACCGACCCCUGGAACGGUUCUCAGAUACUCAAUUAUAUAUAUCAUCGUCUAGUAUCCGAUACUCGAGGGCAGACUUGACGAGAGACAAUCCAGGGGCAGCAAGCAUCAAAUUAUAGAUUAGAUAUUUGUUUAUUGAUCCUCAAUUUCAAACCAAUAAGCU